UGGAGUGGGAGAAUCCGCUCUGGACACCAUUGCUCCGUGGGAUUACUCUGAAUGAGUUUGCUAUAAACAGCUUGACUUACAUAAGAGCUAGUAAUUCAGUGAGUGCUCCCUCAGCUAGCUGUCUUGUUUGUUUGAGAGCAAAAGACACGCUUCUCUGACAUUUUAUUUCUGAAUAGAACACCAUUUUACAUCUAUUUAUAUAUAUUUUUCUCAUAGGUGUUGUGCGGUCGUUGCGUAGGACAACUUAGAGGAGGUGACUUUUAGAGCGCUCAUCAUGUCAGUGGUAGGCAUUGAUGUGGGUUUCCAGAAUUGCUACAUCGCAGUUGCAAGGAGCGGCGGCAUUGAAACCAUUACCAAUGAAUACAGUGACAGAUGCACUCCGGCGUGCGUGUCUUUGGCCUCCAAAAACCGCAUGAUUGGAAAUGCAGCCAAAAGUCAGGCCAUUACAAACUUCAAAAAUACAGUCCAUGGCUUCAAAAAGUUCCACGGCAGAUCGUUUGAGGACCCAUUUGUCCAAGCGGAAAAACCCAAACUGCCUUACGGCUUACAUAAACUGGCCAAUGGAAACACUGGCAUUAAGGUGCGUUAUUUGGACGAGGACAAAGUAUUCACAGUGGAGCAGAUCACAGGGAUGCUGCUCAACAAGCUGAAAGAAACGUCGGAGAGUGCACUGAAGAAGCCGGUGGUGGACUGUGUCAUCUCUGUCCCAAGUUAUUUCACAGAUGCAGAAAGACGGUCUGUGCUCGAUGCAUCUCAGAUCGCAGGGCUGAACUGUUUACGGCUAAUUAAUGACACAACUGCAGUGGCUUUGGCCUACGGAAUUUACAAACAGGACCUACCCACUCCAGAAGAGAGGCCCAGAAAUGUGGUAUUUGUGGACAUGGGACAUUCAUCGUUCCAGGUCUCCAUCACUGCCUUCAAUAAAGGCAAACUCAAGGUCCUGGCCACUGCAUUCGACCCACACCUUGGUGGGCGCAAUUUUGAUGAGGCGUUGGUGGAUUACUUCUGUGAGGAAUUUAAGGGCAAGUAUAAGCUGAAUGUGAGGGAGAACCCACGGGCUCUGCUGCGGCUGCAUCAGGAAUGUGAGAAACUGAAGAAGCUGAUGAGCGCAAACUCCUCUGAUCUGCCUCUGAACAUCGAGUGCUUCAUGAAUGAUAUCGAUGUCAACAGCAGGAUGAGCAGGGGCCAGUUUGAAGACAUGUGCACUCAAUAUCUAGUGAGAGUAGAGAUCCCACUGAAAACAGUCCUUGAACAAUCAAAGCUGAGCCGGGAUGACAUUUAUGCAGUGGAGAUAGUCGGGGGAGCUACGAGAAGCCCGGCAAUCAAAGAGAGAAUCUGCAAGUUUUUUGGUAAAGACAUCAGCACCACGCUUAAUGCAGACGAAGCUGUCGCCAGAGGCUGUGCACUCCAGUGCGCGAUUUUGUCUCCAGCAUUUAAGGUGCGUGAAUUCUCCAUCACUGACGUGGUUCCUUUUCCUAUAACUCUCCGGUGGAAAUCACCAACAGAGGAUGGAUUGGGCGAGUGUGAGGUGUUUGGUAAGAAUCAUGCUGCUCCGUUCUCCAAAGUGAUCACCUUUCACAAGAAGGAGCCCUUUGACCUUGAAGCUUUCUACAACAGUCCUCAAGAUCUGCCCUACCCAGACCAGAGGAUAGGAUGUUUCUCUGUGCAGAAUGUGGUCCCCCAGCCAGAUGGUGACAGCUCUAAAGUCAAAGUGAAAGUGCGAGUGAAUGUCCACGGUAUCUUCAGUGUGUCCAGUGCCUCUCUGAUAGAAAAGCAGAAAGGAGAAGGAGAGGAAAUGCAGAUUGACUCAGAGCCAAUGGUGCAGAAUGAAGGCAGGCCAGAGGAUCAGACCAAAAUGCAGGUGGACCAGGAAGGUCAAAGCCAGGGGGACCAGCAGAAUGAGGACAACAGCUCGAGCAGUAAGGAGGGGGUGUCUGGGGAGAAGCAGGAUCCAGCAGCAGGGGGGAGCAAACCCAAAGUCAAGGUGAAGAGUAUUGAUCUGCCCAUUGUAGCCAACAACGUUCGACAGCUGGAGAGCGAGGUCCUGAACAACUUUGUAGAGUAUGAGCAUCAAAUGAUUAUCCAGGACAAACUAGUGAAAGAGCUGAAUGAUGCUAAAAAUGCCGUGGAGGAGUAUGUAUAUGAUCUGCGGGACAAACUCUGUGGGAUCUAUGAAAAGUACAUCAGUGAGGAGGACAGUAACCGGCUGACGCUGAUGCUGGAGGACACAGAAAACUGGCUGUACGAGGAGGGAGAGGACCAACCCAAACAAGUCUAUGAGGAGAAGCUCGAGGCACUAAAGAGGUUCGGCCAGCCAAUCCAGGACCGGCACAGAGAGCACGAGGACAGGCCGAGAGCUUUUGAGGAGAUGGGAAAGAAACUGCAGCUCUACAUGAAGUUUGUGGAUUGCUAUAAACAGAAGGAUGAGCGGUAUCAGCACUUGACUGCAGAGGAAAUGAGCACUGUAGAAAAGUGUGUGUGUGAAAGCAUGGGCUGGAUGAACAACAAGAUGAACGCUCAGAGCAAACUUGGAAUAACUCAGGAUCCUGUUGUUAAAGUAGCAGACAUCAUUUCCAAAAUACAGGAGCUAGAGAACGUGUGUAAUCCGGUGAUCAACAGGCCGAAGCCGACUGUGGAGGAGGCUCCCGAGGUGAACGACCAAAGCAGCGGAGCUCACAACGGCCCCACGGCGAAGCAAGGCGCAGACGGGAAGGGAGAAGCAAAGGGAAGCCAGCAGACAAAGCCUGGAGGGAAAGAGAUGGAGGUGGAUUGAGAUCGCCAUGCACUACAUCCAUCACUGCGUUUACCACGUGAUCAUUUAGACAGUAGAAACUUAAAAACCCGGGACCAUCACUCCCCAACAUCACCAGUCACUUUGGUGGGUUUGUUUUUGUGCUGCUUUCCCCUCUGAACUGGACUUUACUGUUUGAGGUUUCUGUUUUCACCCUUUCAUCCUCAUGUAUGAGAAAAUGGUGUGCUUUACUCUCUCAAAGGUUUGACAUCCUCAAUAAAUGAAAGAAUGCUGCAAUAGAUUAAACUCUGAUUUUGAUGUAACCAAACAUCAAGGUACGUUUGUGAUUGCAUUCCAUGUGUCUUUCAACAUCCAGUGAAUCCUUUCACUCACAGGCCUCAUAGUGCUGCCCAAACAAUCGCUACUGCAGAACUAUUAGUUCAUAUGCAAUAAUACAAAUUAUAUAUAUUUGUAUUUAAUGAGUUAAAUAUGAUGUCCAUGUCUAGAGACUGUAAAUACUAUUUUAGUAAAUAAAAGCAGCCAGCGUAUAUAAUAUAUAGU